AAUUAAUUGAUGAUGAAAGGGAGUGGUAGAUAGUGUCCAAAGAAUCUGGUGGGCAGUUUGGUGAUAGAACAGGUGAACGGGCAGGCAGGCGUUUUGCCAGACAAGCAGUACAGGAUCUAGGGGAGAAAAACACAAACAUGAGCUCAGUAUCAGGAUUACAAGAUUCUUUGUUAGCUGAAAGUCACAUACCUGUAGGUGAGUUGUUGAUCUGGCGAUGAUGUGAGGCCAACGACCGGUUUAAGUAAGCUGCUGACAAUGAUCAGCAGCACCUGGUCCCAGGCUCACCCAUCUGUGUAAUCAAGGCGACAAUUAAGGCAAAACUGUCAUAGUGCUAAUCCGGGCCGCAUCUGCCGCACUGACGUUAAGCGGGAGUUUGAGCAUGUGCGGUGUGCACGGUCCGCCCUGGAACAGUGCGUAAGCUAUCAUUUGGACUGUCAUAGUGCUGAUCCGGGCCGCGUCUGGUGCUAUGCGGAUGUGGCGAGCUGAGGCCGGAUGGCACGCAGUCGCCUGCGCCUAUUGGGAAACAAAGUGGCAGCUGGAAUAGUUAAUCGCCUCAAGGAAACAGACUCCCUCAAGUCCACCAACAAGAUCUGCCGCCAGCUGAUUUACCACCUGACGCCUCACUCCAAGUGGACCAGGCAAAGCGUUCCCAGGAGAAAGUCUCAGGCUUGUUUGAAGACCACCCUGAAGAAGAAGCUGUCCGGCGACGUGGUCAACCUUUGUGGAAUCCCAUUGUCAGGAAGAGACGUCCAACGCGUGGCCUUCUACCUUCAGGGCGGUAGCGACGCCGUAUCGGCCGUGGACCUGAGCUUCACCGGGCUUCAGGACGACAGCUUGCGGUUGCUCCUGCCGGCCCUCGGCGUCCUGCCCAAGCUGACCACGCUGGCCGUCAACGGCAACCGUCUGACGGCCGCAGUCCUCAAAGACCUAAUGGAAGCGGUCAAAGACCCCAAGACGUUCCCCAGCCUGGCGUGGAUUGACCUGGGUAACAAUGUGGACAUAUUCACCGUGCCGCAGCCGCUCCUGGUUGCCCUUCGCCGUCGCUUCGGUAUUCAAAGCAGCCUCCCGACUAUAUACGAGUACAGCGAGGCGAAAACCUUGAGCUCUUACGUUCCCAACAUGGAAACCUCUGUCGAGGAAACCAGCGUGUGCGAAGAGGGCGACGAAGGGGAGGAUGAUCAAGACGACGACAGGCUGGAGCUUCGUGCUUGGGGCUUUAAGGAGGAGAGAACAUCCAGGAAUGUGCAUGUGGCCUUCUGUGGGAGGUGAUCACAAAGAAACUUCAAGCUACCUGGCCUUUCGUCUCUUUGUCUUGAGUUGAAAAUAGAACUUGUGCUUCCACUAUGUCUAUCUAACUCAAACUAUUUAUUGACUACUUGAUGUCAAGACAAAGUUGAACUAAACAAAUACUCCCCCUGAAAAAAAAUCUUUCUGCAGAGAAAUCGAUCGUGUACCCCAAAACGAAGCAAGAGUCAUGUAUUUUUUGAACGCUUCAACAAAUAUGAACUUUUAUAUCAAAGCAGUUAACCAGUUUAGGUUCACAGAAAUGGUUGUAAACUGACUACUGGGCAGUUAAGUGCCUUGCACAAGGGCACCUUAGUAGGGAAAAUUGUCACUUUGAGCUUUUUCAGUGGCAUUGACAACGAUAGACGUACAAUCAUGUGGCGCUUAAGUUUUAACCAUUCUGCAGUGAAUUUAAAUGAGUUUGUCACUAGUAGACAUCCAAUCCAUCUGAACUGGCAGCGAAUGAACAAGUUCUCUUACUAAAUGGAUUCGGGACGGAGCUUAAGGGAGGUGCUGGGGGUGCGGCCACACCCGGGCCAGGGCCUCAAGACCCAUUUUGCGGGCAAUAAUAGGCCGUGGUUGGGCGAGGGGAUGGUGUAAAACAAACGUAAGAUGAGCGGAGAUAGUUUUAAAUCAAAUUUAUUUAUUUAACCUUUUAUAAAACCUCAGAGGUCCUCAAAGUGUUUUCCAACAAAGCAAAACAGAGUACAUGAUUUAAAAAAAAAAAAAAGGCAGGAAUGUACUAUACAGUAAAAGAAAAAGAAACAAUGCACCGCGCUAAAAGUUAUUACAACAAAUAAAACUGAUAAAAUGCGAACACAUUCAAAAUCUAAAAACCAGAGUACCCUAGUCAGGAAAAAAAAGCAGUUCUAAAAAAAGUGGGUCUAACCUAGAUUAAAAAGGCCGAGAUUAGUGAUUAGAUGAGAUAGCAUUGUAGUUUUCGUCAACUAUAACGAUCACAAAAGUGUCGAAUUUUUUCAGAUGAUGACGUGACAAAAACUAGCUAAAGACGUGUCUUGGGAGACUAAAGCAAAGAGCCGAAUACCAGUUUUAAUGUGAAGAGAUGACAACGAGACAAAAACGCAACCGAUUCUGUCAUUUGUUCACAAUACGUGAUAUUUUCAGAUUGUAUGUAAGGCUGUAGCUAUCGAUUAUUUUAGUAGUCGAUUAAUCGAUGAACUAGUUAGGACGAAUAAUCGAGUAAUCGGAUAAGGAACAUUAAAAAUUAAAAUACCUGAGCUGAGCCUCAGACGGUAAAAAAAAUAAAUAAAUGAGCAUCCAAGUACAACAAAAGAACAAUUGGCUAACACAUAGAAAAAGUCCGUUUGCUUAAAUGCUAUAAAAUGCUAACAUUUUUUAAUUUUUUUUUUUUUUUUUUUUUUUUUUUUACAAUGCACUUGACCAAUGGAACAAACACAUAUUCCCACAAAAGCGGCUAAAUAUAACUAUAAACUAGAUUACGAAUGCAUUAAAAAACAUUAGCUCAAACAAACUCUUAGUUUAUGUUGGUCUUAACAGGGACCAGCUGGAUUCAGCCAUGUGAAAGGAGUUCAUAUCAUAUUCACUGUCGCCACUAGAAUGCAGUGUAUCCACCCAAAUCCAAAUAACUAAAUGCAAACACUUUCAAAACAACUUUAAUUAAAUCAAUACUCGAAGCAGCAAAAUUGAAUUUGAAUUAUUUUUCUAAUCGAAUUACUCAAAUAAAUCGAUUAAUCGUUACGGCACUAAUUGUAUGUCGGGGUGUCAAAUCGGUCCUCAAAGGGCCGCAGUGGGUGCUGUAUUUCAUUCCAACCAAACGAGAUGAAUACAAUUUCACCAAUCUGGUGUCUUACAAGUAUAAUCAGUUGAUUGCAGUCAGGUGCUGCUUGUUUUAGCAGAAACCUCAUUGGUUGAACUGUCUGUGAUAGAUCUGUUGGAACAAAGACCAGGCCCCUCUGCUUUGUGGAAUCAGCUUGACACCCCUGCUGUAUGUGGAGUACGUCAGCCUGCGUCGUAGCGCUGCAAAGCGGUGUUAGAAUGUGCUUCAAUCUGCGCUCCAGGCUUGCUUUUUUUUAAACACACGGUAAUAUUUUUUUCUUAUCUUGGCAAAAGAGAAUAUGCAAUGUUGCUUGAGCCUUUAAAGGUCUGUGGUGAGUGAUUAUCACACACUAAAUACAACUUGUAGCAUUAGCAUAGCAUCCACGUUAGCACUUAGCAUCUAGCGUGCCGAACGUCGUCUUAAAUUCUUGGGCAAUUCUUUAUUUAUUUAUUUUUUUACAUGUGGUUUGUGACGUUCAGGUGGGUUUAAUUUAUUGAAAAUAAUGUACUGUUUUCCUGCUGAGCGUGUAAUAUCAUCACGAAAUUGGCGUUGUCCUUCUAGAUUCUACAAUUUAUGCUCACCUGUUAGUGUUCAUUCACAAUUUUUUUGACUAAAACUUUUGAACUUUACAGACAAAUUUUCAGUAUUGUCAACUAAAACUAGACGAAGACGAACACAUUUUCAAAUGACUAAAAUAUGACUAACACUAAUAAGCAUUUUCGUCCAAAAGACUAAGAAGAAAAUUAAAAGGGCUGCUAAUAACGACACUCUUAGAUAUAGAUAGAGAGAUAGAUCGAGUCUCAACCUUGAAACUUGCAGAAGAAGCUGGCCAGAAGAAUGAAAAGCCCUGCCAGGGUAAUGGAAGGUUAAAAUCUCCGACAAGUAGGAAGGAGCUCGUCUGUUACCGUAUUGGCCCGAAUAUAAGACGGUGUUUUUUGCAUUGAAAUAAGACUGAAGAAGUGGGGGUCGUCUUAUAUUCGCGGUCUAGACAUUAUACCCUUUCACGACGAUAGAUGGCGCCAGAUAUUAUUGAAGCGAUGUUCUGUCAUGACAGAUCUCAGCUACUCUCAAGUUUAACCAGUUUGCAGUAUUGUAUUGCAAUGUUUUUCCUUAUUCAGAUUUGUUUCAAGACUACAGUUACAGUUAGAUUUCACUUUGAUGGUUAAUGCAGUUAUUGCAAUUUUGUUGUUUUAUCACAAUAGAUUGGUUUAUUUACAUUUCAAAAAUCAGAAGCCAUUUAUUUAUGAAUGUGAUUGCACUUUAGUUUACAUAUUUAAAUGUUCAGAUAUUACGGUAAGAUUUGAAUGAGGCAAAAUAACAUGCUUUUUCUCUCAAAUAUAUUGUUAUAAUCAUUUGUUUCAAAUGUACUGUCAUUAUUUUCUGUAUUAAAAAUUAAUUUGGUGUUCAAAAAGUCUUUUUUUCAGACUUGAGUCUUGAAAAAGGGGGGGUCGUCUUAUAAUCAGGGCCGUCUUACAUUCGGACCAAUACGGUAAUAGAAUUAAAACCGAAUAGUAAAAACUUCAAAUCAAUUCUAAAAUGAACUGGAAGCCAGUAGAGUGACAAUAGCACGGGGGGUAAUAUGUUCACAUCUGGUCGUUAAGUUUUAAAAUAUCUCUGCCAGCACCCCUUCACUUCACUUGGCCGAUCGGCUCAAGGAGCCUGUUGAUACCAAUCACACCCGUGUCUUGUUCACAUUAGCUCCGCCACUGAAUGUACAGGACAUCUAUCGCCGUCAAUGGCAGCCAUUGACAUUGCCAGCUGGGAAAUGAAUUAUUUGUAUGUACCAGAAAGCAACUAACAGGUUUACACAAUCACUUCAAAGUUUUAACAGGAAGUGGACACAAUAUGUUUACACUUAACAGUUUUUAACAGCAAAAAAAAAGGACAGGGUAUAAUAGUUGAACCUUCUUUACAUAACAGGUGAACUUUAACGAAAAACAUUUUCAUUCCAAUGGAGUUCAAAUGGUCCAAACAGUGGAAGCUUGAAGUUUUCAGCACAUGCCUCACAGUGCUGAGGUUCAGGCUUUGAACCCUUUGCAUGCUUCCAAUUAGUUUGUUGCAUGUUUUUUUGUUUCCCGAUGUACUCCAUCCAAAUUGGAAAAAUAUGCAUGGUAGCUUCCUCAAAGUGAAUGAAUGAAAGUAAGUGAGUGAAAUUUAAACCAAUAAACUAAGCAGUCCAAACCAAUGACCUAAAAAGAACAAGCGCUACAUGAAAUGAAUGACUGGUCAAUUUCUGACUGGAGUUGUUUAUCUAUACACACAUAUUUUUGGGGGGUGGGCUUUGCCAGUGAACUGAUUAUUGCCUCGUUGAGUUCCCUGUUCUAUUUUUCUCCUCAGUAAAUAGAAUGACGAGCCCCAGAUUAUUUUGGCGAUGGCUAAUGAUGGAUUCUAUUUAUUUCAUAGAGACAUGAAGGAUGCAGGCCACAUGAAAUGGAGCACUUGUGGCAUGAAAACAAACCGUUUAUGGCUUUGUCACAUUUUAAACUGUAUAUUGUAGCAUGUUUUUUAUUGUAUUUUUUGAUGGAGAUGAAUAUAAAGUAUAUUUGAGAUUUUUGACAUUUUAUCCUGCCUCUUGUUAUUGUAUUAUUGCCUAUGUUUUCUUUCCAGGAUAUUGUUUGUUAUUGUGAGAUAUUAAUAAGAAGGUAGCCUACUUUGUGUUUGCAUAAUUAGCAGGUACGUCAAUUAAUACCUUUUGAUGGCAGAAAUGUAAUGUUUAAUCAUUUGCACUUUAAUGAUGGUGAG